UUACAAGCUUCUCCAACACCUUGCAGGGGACAGAUGUGAGGCUGAUUGGACGGUAGUUGAGAGGAUCUUCACGGUUCCCUUUUUUGAAUAUCGGUGAUACAUUUGCUCUGGUCCAGUCUCUUGGAAGUCUGCCAUCUUCCAAUGAUUUCUGGAAGAUAAUCAGCAUGGGUUUGGCCAGACUUCUUGAACAGUUUUUCAGGACAAUGGGGUGGACGCCAUCAGGGCCAGGCGCUGAUGGAGUUUUUAAAUGUUGCAGUAUGUUUACAACCUCACCCACAUCAAAUUUACACUCGGUAAGUUUUCUUUCGCUGAGACACUGGAUGAUAGGUGGACUGUCAGACGUUGUGUUAAAAACCUUUUGAAACUGUUCGUUCAUUUCUUCACAUGCCUCCUUUAGGUUUCGGACAUCACGCUGCCCAAGUAAAAUGGCGAGAGCUGAAUGACACGUGACCUGCAGUGAAACAUGACCUAGCGGCACAGGUCACGUGACUAAAUGAGCGCUUAAAUUGACCACAGUCGCUGUCAAAGCUCUAGUUGUCAUUUUACAGCCGGCAGGAUCCAGCCAGCUCAAGCUUGCAAGACCUGUUAAGACUUUCGACGGGCCGCUAGUGCAGCAUGUGGUGAUAGACGUGUAUUUGGAGACGUUCACGACUCAUAUUGUCGGGCAUCGUUGGAUCAUUUCCGGAAGAUUUGGCAGUUCUUGACAGUCCCUUCGACGUCGUCUCCACCCCUACCAGUCCAAAACAUUUCAAAUAAGUCCAUCGAGCUCCGUACCACUCGGUAACUAUUUGUAGAAAUCCAUCACAGUCCGCACCAGUCUUUCCGGGCAUUCCCAUCCCGUCUUAUCUUACAUUUUCCCAACCCGUUCCAUCCUACAUUGUUCGUCAUGAGCUACAGUCCCGCCUCGUACACCCUGCUGGGUAUCUCUCUGACCCUGGCCACCCUCUCGCUGAUCGGUACCGGCGGGGUCAAGUGGUGGUACCUCAAGGAGAUCAGCAAGGCAGACAAGUACGACGAUGACAGGGAGGACAGGAUAUCCGCCACAUGUCAGUCCUCUGCCGAGUCAGGGGACGACGCGUCCGCCGGCCUGGACCUGCGUCUGACCCAGUACUACCGGGACGACGACGAUCGGGUGGUCAUCGAUGGGGAUAUCGAUAGGAACAAUGCCGACGGCCUGCUCCAAGUUCUGCUUUCGACUGAUUCGUCUUGCUCGAGUCCUUCCAACUUCAUUGCUAGCAUUUUCUCCAGUGGCAACGGCGACAACUCUGAGAUCGAGGACUGGACCAUUCCCCGGGACCAGCUGGAGGACCUAGAGGACGCCAUAGGGGACGCCAUAGUGGUACGAGACUCAGGGAACGACCAGAUCGGCUGCUGCAUCAUCCGGCGGCGGCGCUCAGACUUCGACGACUAGAAACGACGGUGCCGGGUACUCAACCACUGGCAAGUGGAGAUACGAUGUUACUGUAACGGCCAGGAGAGCUAUAAUAAGUCGAGAGUUUUGUUAUGAAGUUCUUGAGGCUGAAUAGAAGCUGUGCUCCUGCUUACAUGAGCUAUGCUAUUAAUCGUUCAAUCAUUUGAGAUGUUAUGCCAAAUGUAUGUCGCGAUGUGGUGCAUAUAAUGUUCUUGGGUGAUUGGAGAAGAAUAUUUAAAUGUGUUGGGUGCACUAUUUAAUUUCCACUAUUUAUAGAUGCAGUGUCCGUCCAAUGAUCAUAUGGUGAUGGCGAAGGCCAUAUGUGUAGGCCGGUGCUACUGGGUGAAAUAGCAAUGUGUCUGACAUGCUAGUGAACUUCCGAUGGUAGUUCUAUUUAUGCUAGACUAACAUAACGAUCCGUUUUUUUUUCUGUACGUUUUGUGCGUGAUCAGCUAACGAUUUGUGACAGCAUGAGAUAUUGAUGUAACCGACAGAAUUAAAAAGGUUGCGAUACGAUACCUCUUUGUAACACAAGGUUUAUGAAGCAAUCAAGACAGUGCUUAGAGCGUGCACAGCGCACACUGACUGAGCCCUCAAGCACCUCAAAUUUUGUUUACUGAACUUCUACUUAUCAACUGUUUCUUUAACAAUGCAAAUCAUCGGUC